AGAAGUCUCCAGUCUCUGGCAGUCUCUGGAGACAUCUGUAUUCUUUGCCGUGAACAAUCUCCCAACUCAUCUCUGCUAUGAAAUUACACAACUGUAUGUAUGUACAUACACAACUACGCAAUUAAGUGAAAUUUUUACUAAACAAAGAGAUAACACAAUAAAACAGCGAAAUAACAGAAAAUACAACCACAUUUCAAGGAAAUAAACUGAAUAGGGCCUAUAGCCUCGGCAUAGAACCCUGUCAGGAAAUAAGUUGGCAUCAAUAGAGUCUGCGCGAUAAAGACUCUGGAGCCAUAAGCAGUAACGAACGAAGUUCCGAGCUUCGUUGGCGUUGACAUAUGUUUGUUUUAAAUAAUUAGUGGCUUUUGGCAGAUUGGAAAUAAUCUACGUAAUGGGGAAAAAUAAACAAGCGCAACGGACCAAGAGCAAUGCUCGACCAUCUAGCAGUAGCCGUAGUGCAGAACUUCUCGGAGCAACAGUUCCUGGAUUUAUUGGAUUUUCAGCAGAUAAAAGUGGUGGUUAUAUUCCGAUCUUACCAGGUCUAGAAAUAAAUAAUGGUAACAAUGUCGAUGCAAAUAAUGUUGGCUCCAAUUUUCAAUUGGUAUUAAAGAAGAUAAAUAAGAAAGAUGUCACGACAAAGACAAAGGCCCUUCAAGAAUUUGCAGAGUUGUGCAAAAAUGUUUCAUUAGUAGAAAUUGAAGCUGUGUUACCAUUUUGGCCUAGAAUAUAUUGUCGGUUAGUCCUGGAUAUAGAACAUAGGGUUCGAGAGGGAGUGCACAUAGCGCAUACAGCUCUUGUCAGACGAGUAGGCAAAGGUAUAGCAAUUUAUUUAAAACAGCUGGCUGGACCUUGGUUCACCUCUCAAUUCGAUACGUACCCACCUGCAGCCUCAGCUGCUGCUAAUUCCCUUAAUGAGACAUUUCCACCAAAUAAGAUUAUCAAUGCAAUGGUUCAUUGCCAAGAAGAAAUUUUGUCGUACAUUUGUGACAACAUUACAAUGGAGACACCUCAGUCAUUACUAUUGAACAUAAAUACUUCAUCGGAAGGGAUGGAUGCAAGGUAUCACAGAUUGUUAAUCGCAAGCUUACAAGGCUAUUGUCUGUAUCUAACAAAAGUUCCUUUGCAUCAAGUUGAAAAGACCCUGAAUAUUCAGGAAAAAAUUACCAGUAAUAACAAAUUCUGGAAAUUGGCUAAACACGAGGUUUUGUUGAUAGAGACUGCUUUUUUCAACGUUCUUACAUUAAUCAUUGACCGAGCAAAUAAGCUCAUUAAACAUCAAAAGAAGAAGACAAUGACAUCCAUUAUUAAUAGUCUCGAUGAAACCGACCCAAUUCUACUUGCUGCAGUGUGGGAAUGUUUGCUUGUAGCUAUAAGCAAAAUUGAGGAUUGGUACGAAUUUGUACACAUCGACAAAUUUGUACUACCGAAAUUGUGGCAAGUAUUGAGAAGUGGAGGGCAAUGUUGCGCCAGCAUUGUGUAUCCAAAUCUUUUACCUUUUGUGAGUCAGUUUCCAAAGUUUAAUACGGAUCUCAAUAGUCUGUAUACCAACUUCUUCAAUAAUAUGCGGCAAGGAUUCUCCGUAAAGAGUGUGCAACUGAGCCAAUCAGAAAUGCAAGCAGUUACUACAUCAUUCAUUGAAUGUUUGCGCUAUGCUGUUCUUCUUAAUAGCAGCGACAUAUUCUUAUGCAAAAUUCUACUAAAAGAACAGCUUAUACCAGUGCUCGAGUCGUGCAUUAAAGAAUGUUCUCUGAUCAAAUCGAUUUUAUUUGGUCAAGUAACCAAUUUGGUUCGAUAUUGGAGUAAAAAUCGUACGAAUACUGAUUAUCCGUCCUAUGUUCACUUAAUAAAAGAAUUUUGGACCGAACUUGACAUUCUAUUUGAUAAAUUAAAUGAUGAAGACAAUGAACGUGCUCGACAUUCGCAAAUUAAUCUGCUGCUAAAUCUGAGAAACGUAUCUAAUAAGAAUCGUGAGAAUCUGAGAGUAACAUUCUCCGAUGCAAUCACAGAACCGGUAAUUCACAAUGACAUAAAGUCUGCAAAAUCUACCGAAGAUACGGUUUUUCUCAAGGAACUUGAUCAAUUUGUCUUCGCAAUCGGCGUUCGAUGUUUCAAUAAAAUUAUCAAAGAUCGCUCCUCACCUGAUAUUGAAUAUUUUAACAGCAUCGUUACGAAUUUUAAAAAUAAGGACUUGUUCAAUCCAAUUUCCGAUGUCUUCAUUGUUAAUCAAGAAAAAUUUAAAGUUUGGCUUACCGAAAAUUCCGAGCAAACAGACAUGUUACUUCGAUUAGCUUUUGCUCUCAGUAAAUAUAUGGAUACACAAAAUAGAGAGAAGUUGUUAGAGUGGUUGUUAAAGCUUGACGAUCCCAGAAUAUUGAAAAGCGUUGUGUACUGUGCGGUGUCGGAGAAUAACAGGGACGAGGAAACUGUAAAGAAGUGGUGUUUACAAACCGAGGUAACAUCUGCAUUGAUUAAUAUCACCAAGGAAUUAAUUACAGAUGUUAACGGGGACGAGAAUAGAAAUAUUCUUUCACUCGCUUUUCAAUCUACUAAUGACGGUGGUCCCCUGAUAAGUGAAACGGCAAUUAAUGACAUUACAUCUUUAUUGUGUCACGCUCUGAACGAUACCGAGCAGCGCAACUUUUCAACUCUAUGCAAAUUUGCGUCACAUGUACUGUCACUCGUGUGGUCUUACGAAACACCAUCGGUGGCAGCCAUUCAAAUGUUGGAAACUCUAUUUGAAUUAAGCAUACAACAAUCAUUCAAUGACACCAGUCUUGCACAUAUUGUACAAAGCUCAUGGAAAGACGGACUUGUUCAAAUGAGGCGGAAGUUUUCUCAAGCGAAAUUUCUUGAAAUUACCAGCAAGCUGGCUGAGACAUUAUGGGAAGAUAUAUUGGAAAGGCAAGAUUUUCGACUUACGGAUAAAUGGAUCGAAGGUGCUACUGACUUCUUAGAGGUAGUAAUUACAAACGAAGAUGGAUAUUCGAUGGACUUUGUCAAAGACGUUCUUCCGAUAUUCCUAAUUGAAUCAAAUGUUAAGCCAUGGCUGACAGACAUUUCUACGAUCGUUCUACACGGUGAAGUAAUUUCUGGCAAUUUAUACGCAUCCCAAUUGCAACAAAGAGUUCCUGUUUGCAAUGGUCUUGUUCCCGUUGACACUAAAGAUAGUAUUAACGAUCAUAUGGUUAAUUGUUUGAGAUGGGCCAUGCUUAGUGCAAGAUUAAUGAAUGAGUUAUUUGGAAGAACGGAGAAAGAUACACUUAACCAAAAUAAUGGUCAAUGGGAAGUCAACGUGGAUACGGAAUUUCAACUUAUUUGUUUGCCAACUGUUACCGAGAUAUUGAAAAAUGUCAUCUACGUUGCUGUACUUGGUCAAAUCUAUGAAUCGCACUACCAAUCCACCAAACAUUAUAUUAAUACAAGUGCACUACUUAUUUCGUUGAAAGGAGAACUAGAAAACUUAAAGAAAUUAUAUAUCCCAAAAAGUGUGUACACGGAUACCGUAUGUAAAUUCGAAGAAUCGUCGUCGUUGAGCUCUAGCAUGUGGGCGUAUAUGCUUCGUUUCUGCUGCACUGAAUUAGGUUCAAACAACGAUCCAACGGUGUAUUUAGAAAACUAUAAAAAAAUCUUUUCUGACGGCAACUCGACCCUGGAAUCAUAUCUUCAAACAAUCCAAAUUCUGUCAAUGUAUUUGGAUUUGGGUAAAAUUUCGUUGAACAUGGAAGAUGAACUUGAUACUUUAAUAGUAGGAAGAAGCGUGCUUACUGCUCAGGAUGACGAAUCGAUAUUACUAAACAUUUUAAAUAGCUUAAUAAAUCGUUAUUAUGCGGAUCCCACCUUUCUGCUCCUGGAUCAAGACAUGCACGACGUUUCCUGGGAACAGGUGACAUUGCCGCUCGAAGUUGUUCGACUACUUACUAAAUUUGUAGCCACUAUUCCUGAUAAAUUAUCUUCCGUUCAUUGGGAUUGCGUUCUAAUAUGUUUGGCUUCGUGGCAACUCUCUAUUAACAAAUCGAAAAGCUAUUACGACGAUAUAAAGGUAAAAGCUCUAACCAUUGCUGUAAGUCAACUUUUCUGCGCGGUCCAAGGUGUAAUGAAAAAAUAUGAAGCGGAGCCCUCGGUUGACUUGCCUCCUGAUUUGUUCGAUGAAUGGAAGAAUGUGUUUAGCAGAGAUAUACAAUUCGGUAUCGUAUCAACGUGGAUGACGUAUGCUGAGAUGUCGGAUCAUGAAGACAUUUUAGUCACCAGUGUCAUUCCUCUGGAUUACUUGGGUGAGGCAGUAAGAUUGGUGGACGAGAAACUAUUUUUCGAGAAAGAAACCGGUAACAACUUAAUGGGUGUUACUCCCGAUGAAGUAGUUAAUUUCUCCACGGCACUAAUCAAGUCGACUGUCCCAAGUAUUCAAUUGGGAGCAUACUACUUGCUAAAAAGCGCUCUUCCGGAACUAGUCGAGCGUGACAAAUCAAUUAUCGAAGUAGAAACCUUCGAUCCUGAUUCCCUGAAUAUUCAGAAGUUUGAAAGGGUUGUCUCAGGCAUGGGACAGAUAGUAAAUACCAUGUUGAUGGAUUUCAAAUUAUGCGAUGCUAUCAGCUGCACGAUUCAACCGUACACGGACUCGUAUACAUACACCCUUGGUUAUCUACUUUCAUGGGCUAUCGUCUUGGAGAUGUGUGCACACGCUCAUGCCGAUUUGCGUUAUCAAUAUGCGGAAGUGCUCAAGAACAAUGUUUUCACAUCUUUACUGAAUAACAUCUUCAGAAUGAUGCCCGUUGAAGUACUUCAAGAUAAUAAAAAUAAGUCAUCAAUACUAAUGAAAUAUUUCGGUACUACUCCAUCCCUUGCCUUAAAAGAGAGUUGGACAGAAGAGCGGCUGGAUCAUAUGGUUUGUUGGUUAUAUGCUAACUCUUUAAGGUAUUUACCUGUAUUGGUAAGGCAGUGGUGGAGUACUACAGAUAGUAGGGUUAGCGCUGCUGUGGACAAAAUUACUAUUCUCUAUGUGAGUCCUGUACUAUGCCAAGAAGAGCUUCAAAAUAACAGAUUAACUGACAUUGAGAAUAUGCAGGUGAAGAUUCAUCCUACAGCAAGAGAAGUCGUGGCAGUUUAUCAAAUGGAAGAUACCAAACUGGAACUUAGUAUGACACUACCUAUUAAUCAUCCAUUAGGACCUAUCACAGUAGAACCAGGCCAAUUUGCAGGUGGAGCUGCCAAUUGGAGGAAUUGUCACAUGCAAUUAUCUAUAUUUCUGACUCACCAGAACGGCUCUAUUUGGGAUGGACUCUUGUUGUGGAAAAAGAAUUUGGAUAAGAAGUUCGCUGGUGUGGAGGAAUGCUACAUUUGUUUCAGCAUCUUUCACAGCGUCACGUAUCAUAUACCAAAACUCUCUUGUCGCACCUGCAGGAAAAGAUUUCAUACCCCUUGUUUGUACAAGUGGUUCAGUACAAGUCAAAAGUCAACCUGUCCCAUUUGUAGAAAUGUAUUUUAACUAAUAUCAUUCGGCUAUUCUAUAUACUUUAAUAACGCACACUAUAAAUAAAGAUUUUUUUAUUAUUAGUGUAUAUAAAAAAAACAUUAAAUUAUAAAUAUGACCAAUACCAAAAUGAGGCCAUUAUUAGCGGA